AUGAUGCCCAGGGCGGUGAGGAGACUGUUGCACUUGGUGCUGUUCUGCCCUCUGUCCAAAGGCCUGCAGAGUCGUCUCCCGGCCCUUAAGGUGAAGUACCUUCUCCUGGCAUGGCUGGGCAUCCUGGUCGCCAGCUGGGUCAUCUACAUGCAGUACGCCUCUUACUCGGAACUCUGCCGUGGGCAUGUCUGCCAUAUGGUCAUCUGUGACCACUACAGGAGGGGCAUCAUAUCGGGCUCGUCUUGCAAGGCUCUGUGUGACCAGAGAACUCUGACCCUGCAGCACUGCAUGUCCACGUCCUCCACACAUCAGGUGUACAGUGGAGUGUGGAAUGAGAGGCCUGUUCUGAUCAAGUGCGGUAUCGAGGAUCCUGUGAAGAUCGAUGGGGCUCCGGCCUCUGUGCUGCGACAGGAGAUGAGCUUGUUCGACAAACCGACACGUGGAACCUCCAUGGAUGAAUUUAAAGAGAUGCUGCACAGUUACCUCAAGGUGAACCUUGGUGAUCAGUCGUCCCUGAGCACCUUGGUGGACAGGGUCAUCACUCUCGCUGACAUCAACCAGGAUGGCAAAGUGACUCUAGCCGAGGCCAAAUCAAUCUGGGCUCUCCUCCAGAUCAACGAGUUCCUCCUGAUGGUGGCGCUGCAGGAGAAGGAGCACACCCCCAAGCUGCUCGGCUUCUGCGGAGACUUGUAUGUGACGGAGCGCGUGGGCCACAGCUCCCUCUACAGGCUGGAGGUGCCUCAUUACCUGCAGGCCCUGGUCCCUGAGGCCCUGAGUUUAGGCCUGAACCACUGGCUCGCGCCAACGUGGCCCCUGAGAGCUCGCAUCACCAUAGGCCUGCUGGAGUUUGUGGAGGAGGUGUUCCACGGCUCCUACGGCAGUUUUCUUAUCUGUGACGCCAGUCCACUACAUGUGGGCUACAACGCAAAAUAUGACUGCAAGAUGGUCAACCUGCACAGUGUGGCGUCUGAGGCGGUUGUGCGGGGGUUUCUGAAGGGACGGCGGUGCGAGACCAACGCAGACUGCACCUACGGCCGGGAUUGCACAGCCACCUGCGAUCGGCUGGUGAAGCAGUGCAACACUGAGGUCGUGCAGCCCAAUCUCGCAAAGGUGUGCGUGCUACUGCAGGACUUCCUGCUGUUCGGGGCGCCAUCAGACCUGCGCGGAGACCUGGAGAAGCAGCUGCGCACCUGCGUGACGCUGAGCGGCCUGGCGAGCCAGAUGGAGGUGCAUCACUCGCUGGUCCUCAACAACCUGAAGACGUUACUGUGGAAGAAAAUCUCUAACACGCAGUACUCGUGA